AUGUCUUUAGGCAAAUAUCUUGCCCUUGAUAAAUUAUCCAAUUUCUUCAACAUUAUUAAACAAAAUGGUGGAAUAAGGGCAUCUUUGUACAAGAUGUACAGGCAGGAUGAGUUGAAAGAUGGAGUUCUUGUAGGCGAGGAUAAGUUUGGCAACAAGUAUUAUGAGAAUCCUCGUUAUUUCUAUGGUAGCAAUCGAUGGGUUGAAUAUUCCGACAAAUAUAACAUGGACUAUGAUGGUAGCCAGGUCCCAGCUGAAUGGUUUGGAUGGCUUCAUUAUAAAACAGAUCUGCCCCCACAUAUGGACCCCAGCCGACCCAAAUACAAGUGGAUGAUAGAAUUCACGGAGAAUAUGUCCGGAACGACUGGGCAGUACACUCCUUACAGUACUACGAGGCCCAAGGUUGAGCCCUGGAUUCCCAAACGUAAAAGCAAUGCUUAA